AUGGACGCACCCUAUGGGACUCUCCAUCCUCCUUCACACCCCUCCAUCCUCCUUCACACCCCUCCAUCCUCCUUCACACCCUUCUAUCCUCCUUCACACCCCUCCAUCCUCCUUCACACCCCUCCAUCCUCCUUCACACCCUUCUUUCCUCCUUCACACCCCUCCAUCCUCCUUCACACCCCUCCAUCCUCCUUCACACCCCUCCAUCCUCCUUCACACCCCUCCAUCCUCCUUCACACCCUUCUAUCCUCCUUCACACCCCUCCAUCCUCCUUCACACCCCUCCAUCCUCCUUCACACCCCUCUAUCUUCAGUUACACCCCUCCAUCCUCCUUCACACCCUUCUAUCCUCCUUCACACCCCUCCAUCCUCUUUCAUACCCCUCUAUCUUCCGUCACACCCCUCUAUCCUCAUUCACACCCUUCCAUCCUCCUUCACACCCCUCCAUCCUCCUUCACACCCCUCUAUCUUCCUUCACACCCCUCUAUCCUCCGUCACACCCCUCUAUCCUCCUUCACACCCCUCCAUCCACCUUCACACCCCUCCAUCCACCUUCACACCCGUCUAUCUUCCUUCACACCCCUCUAUCUUCCUUCACACCCCUCUAUCCUCCUCCUCUGUUAGUCACACCGUCCCACGGGACCUUUCGUACAACAAUCUCUCUGGCAGCAUCCCCUCCAACAUUGGCAGCCUGGACUGGCUCACCUCCCUGUCAGUCAAAUUUGUCAGAAUUGACCUUUGA